UAGUCAAUAGUCAUGGUCAUGGGUAGGUCUCACUGUUUGGUUUCUUUGGCCUUUUUAAUGGUUCUCUUUGUACCAGCCUUGUCACAUGGCAGUCGUCAUCGAAGAAGUGGAUGGCAUCUAGCCCAUGCAACUUUCUAUGGAGACAUGCAAGGUGGAGACACCAUGCAGGGUGCUUGUGGCUAUGGUGAUCUCUACCAGCAAGGUUAUGGGCUAGAAACCACAGCCCUAAGCACAGCUCUAUUCAACAAUGGGCUCACUUGUGGUGCAUGUUUUGAGAUCAUGUGUGUGAACGAGCCCCAAUGGUGCAUUCCCAACGCAGGCUCAAUCAAAGUGACCGCAACAAAUUUCUGCCCCCCUAAUUACAACCCACCUAAUUUCGACCAUUGGUGCAACCCUCCACAAGAACACUUCGACUUGUCCAUGAAAAUGUUCACCAAAAUUGCCAUAUACAGAGCAGGGAUCAUCCCAGUCAUGUAUCGCCGUGUCCCAUGCAACAAAAGUGGCGGUGUCAAGUUUGAGAUGAAAGGGAACCCUUAUUGGUUGUUGGUUUUGUUGUACAAUGUUGCCAGUGCUGGUGAUGUUACUCAAGUGAGCAUCAAAGGGUCUUCAAACACUGGCUGGAAAUCUAUGUCACGUGUUUGGGGACAGAAUUGGGUUACUGGGUCUAAUUUGGUAGGACAAGCCUUGUCAUUUCAGGUCACUACUAGUGAUGGUAAAAUGAUGGAGUUUGAUAAUGUUGCUCCUUCUAAUUGGCAAUUUGGACAGAGCUACGAGACCUACCAAAACUUUUAGAUGUAUUGUUGAAUUUUGGUGCAAAACUACAAUUGUUCAUAGAGUCAGAGGUGUCCUACCAUUUCAAUUACAUCCAAGUGUCUCAUUCCAGCCUUGCUUGAGAGAAGUGCAUUUUAGAGAAUGAAGUACCAUAAUAACCAUUAAUGAUAAAAUCAGUGCCUGAGAUUGUAAUUA